AAUAGUUCCACCUAAAAAUCCUUCAAACAAACAAAAUAUUUUUCCCACUCUCUCUCUCUCUCACUCGUUCUCAUUUCUCUCAUCGUCUCCUCCAAUCUUUGAAUCAUCAAAUGUCUUCUCGAAACCGCAGACCAAGAACCAACCAACACAGGAGAACCAUCCUUAUUCUCGGUCUUCUUCUUGUUAUUUUGAGUUGCUGCAAUGGAGCUAGAACCACGAACAUGUUCUACACGAGUUCACCACCCACACAACCCGAUCAUCAUCACAAUCGUCAAGUACAAGAUCACAAAAAUGUACAGUUUUUGGGGUUCCUGCCACGUCAGUUUCCGGUUCCAGCUUCUGGCCCUUCCAGAAAACACAAUGACAUCGGUUUAAGUAGUACUACUAUGACUCCUCCUUGAA